AUGAAUAAUUUUGCCGAUAAAUACUAUGUUGCUACACUUUCAGCUCCUGAAGCUGGCGUCGCUGCGACUGGAGAUGUAGCUGGACUGGGUGAAGAUUUUGGUGCUGCUGGUGCAGGAGGAGAAGACGCCGACGUUGGUGAUGAUUCUGGUGCCCCUGCCGAUGGUGGUGGGCUUGAACUCGGGCUCAUUGUUGGGCUGCCUGGGGGAGGAGGUGUCGCUGCCAUUGGUGGAAGUGACGUAGGGGUGGCUGCAGGGCUUGAAGGAGGAGGUGUCGCUGCCAUUGGUGGAAGUGACGUAGGGGUGGCUGCAGGGCUUGAAGGAGGAGGUGUCGCUGCCAUUGGUGGAAGUGACGUAGGGGUGGCUGCAGGGCUUGAAGGAGGAGGUGUCGCUGCCAUUGGUGGAAGUGACGUAGGGGUGGCUGCAGGGCUUGAAGGAGGAGGUGUCGCUGCCAUUGGUGGAAGGCUUGAAGGAGGAGGUGUCGCUGCCAUUGGUGGAAGUGACGUAGGGGUGGCUGCAGGGCUUGAAGGAGGGGUAGAUACCGGCAUGGGCGGAGGGGUUGAUACCGGCAUGGGCGGAGGUGCAGUAGUUGCUGGUGGAAUUGCAGAAGAAGUUGGUGGCAUUGAUAUGGGCAUUGGUGGUAAAGAUGUUGGGGCUUGA